CGGCGGCGGCGGGGCUCGAGGGGUCCGGCGGGGCGGCGCAGGAGGAGAGCGAGGAGGAGGAGGAGGAGGAGGGCCAGGUGCUGGAGGAGAGCCCCUGCGGACGCUGGCAGAAGCGCAACGAGCAGGUGAACCAAGGCAGCCUGCCCGGCCUCCAGAAUACUUUCUUGGCCAUGGACACGGAGGAGGGGGUGGAAGUGGUCUGGAAUGAGCUGCGCUUUGCGGACUUGAAGGCUUUCAAGGCUCAUGAGGAGAAGACCAAGACCAUAUUUGAGCAGCUGGUGGUCGUUGACCAUCCCAAUAUUGUCAAGGUUCACAAGUAUUGGUUGACCGUGAAGGACUCCAUGGCCCAGGUGAUCUUCAUCACGGAGUACGUCUCCUCCGGCAGCCUCAAGCAGUUCCUGAAGAAGACCAAGAAGAACCACAAGGCCAUGAACGUCCGGGCCUGGAAGCGCUGGUGCACGCAGAUCCUGUCGGCCCUCAGCUACCUGCAUGCCUGUGAGCCCCCCAUCGUCCAUGGCAACCUCACCAGCGACACCAUCUUCAUCCAGCACAACGGGCUCAUCAAAAUCGGGUCAGUUUGGCACAGAAUCUUUGCCCAGGCCAUCCCGGAGGAUCUCCGCAGCCCCACCUGUGCGAGCCGAGAGGAGCAGCAGCAGCAGCAGAACCUGCACUUCUUCCCCCCAGAGUAUGGCCGUGUGGCUGACGGGACAGCUGUGGAUAUCUUCUCCUUUGGGAUGUGUGCUCUGGAGAUGGCCGUGUUGGAGAUCCAGUCCAACGGGGAUGCCUGUGUGUCAGAGGAGGCCAUCGAGCGGGCGAGACACUCCCUGGACGACCCCAACAUGCGGGAGUUCAUCCUGAGCUGUCUCCUCCUGAACCCGGAGCAGCGGCCCACCGCUCACAACUUGCUCUUCCACCGCGUCCUCUUUGAGGUCCACUCCUUGAAACUGCUGGCCGCCCACUGCUUCAUCAACAACCAGUACCUGAUGCCUGAGAACAUGGUGGAGGAGAAGACCAAGAGCUUGGACCUCAACAUGGUCAUGGCAGAGAUGAAGCGUGAGGGUCGGCCACCUGUGCAGUGGAGGUACUCAGAAGUUUCUUUUCUGGAGCUGGACAAGUUCUUGGAAGACGUGAGGAACGGCAUCUAUCCCCUGAUGAACUUUGCUUCCCAACGGCCCCCGACCCUCCCACGGUCAGCCUCCCAAGCUGCUGAGGAUGCGCAGAAAUCCACGACCCCCACCCCAGAGCCCUUCGAUGUGGAGACAAGGAAGGUGGUGCAGAUGCAGUGCAGCGUGGAGUGGAGCGAGGAGAGGGGCCAGUGGCACCUCGCUCUUCUUCUGGUUCUGGAGGAUAAGCUCCAUCGACAGCUCAGCUACGACCUGCGGCCAACUGACCGCCCUGGAGACCUGGCAGCUGAGCUGGUGCAUUAUGGAUUCAUCCGCCUGGACGACUGCGAGAAGCUGGCCACGUUCCUUGAAAACGCCUUCCAGCGGCACCAGCCAGCUCCCUCCUGAGUUGCACCUGCCCCCCAUGAGAUCUGGGGCAGGCAGUAGCAGUGGGGAAGUGGGAGCUUCUGCCUGCUGUCCAGCCUCUGGGCAAGGGACUCGGGAGGCACAAGGCCUUCCCACCCCCCACCCGGGAAGGGCCUGCUGCUCUCCGGGGGAAAGGCCAAAGAGAGUCGGAACCCGGGCCAAGAACGGGGGUGGUGUUGUUAGCUUCCAAAGACACCCAAGAUCUCUGGUGGCCUCCUGUCCCUUAGACCCCCUCCUCUGCCGACGGGAGUGGGCAGCGUCACUGGAGGGUCGGGGCAGGGGUGGGUGGGAGCCAGGCCAGCGAGGCAGAGCUGUUGCCUUCUCCCGAGUUCCGGCUGGAGCUUCAGAGGCAGCUGAGCUGCCGGGAUCACAGCCAGCCCCGUUGGUGUUGCAGCUUUGCUGGGCUCCGCUGCUGCCAGCCGGAAGCUGUUGUGCUGCUGCUUGCGUUGUCCUCAGCCUGGAGAUGGUGCCCGAUUCCCCAUGCUGCUCUCUCAGGUCCUCGCGCUGCUUUGCCUCUUGGGGGGCAACUGGUCCAAUUAGCUUGUUCAAGUGCAAUGAGUCCCAGGAGGGAAUCUGUCACUCAUCCCCUCUGGCAACCAGCCGCCUUCCAAGCUUUCCACAGAGCUAAGAAGGAGCUCCAGAAAAACAAUCCAAGGGAGAGGCAGUGAAAAUUCUUUGCUGUGCUCACCUGAGACCCUCAUUACUUACCAUGCUGGCUCCCCCCCGUGCCCCCCCCCCCGAACCGCAAGCCAGGCCUUUUCUACCCUGCACAGAGCCAAACUCCUUUUCUUCCCAUGACUGGUUGGGCUUGGGCAGUGAGCCCAGCACCGAAUGUGCUCUCCGGCCAGCUGCUGUCUUCCCUGCUCACCAGCAGAGCAGUCCUGGUCUGGUGCUGGUAGCUGCUGUGCUUAGAAGUCGGAGGACUCUGGGUGGGAGGAGGCUUCUGGCACAGAAAGGCCGGGGGCUCACUCCCUUGGCUGGCCUCUGUUAGCCAAAGCCAUGUUUCCUCUUACACCUGGGGUCCCCUUCCCUUCUGGCCUCCUCUGAGCCUGAGUGGUCUUUCCAUGGAAGCUGCCCUAUCACGGGGGCAGGCCCUGCUGCAUUUUGGUUGCAAACUGCUAAGGAGCAAAGGGGGGCCCUAGUUCAAUGGUCUGUCCAGGCCUGUGAAAGGAUUUUGGAGAGGGGUGGGCUGGGUGAGGUCUCAGAACCACUGCCAGUCGGAGUCAGCAUGACUAACUGGGUGUGCCGUUCAUGUUGUGGUGGGCCAAUUAUGAACAAGGUGACCACUGCGCAAUGGGGGCAAGUGUCUGUUGCAGCAAGAUUUCUUGUAUGGACAUAUUUCCUCAAGCCCUGCUUUCACUUUUCAUUCUCUCGGCGGCAAGCAUCACCACUUCUAGCACGAUUUUAAUUUGCUUCCCUGCCAGAGCAGGACAGAUUUGCCAGUGAACACAGCUUUGCCCCGGACUUCUUCCCUCUGUUCAUGGCCAGCCCUCCCACUCCCUCGCAUUGCCGUCCAUGCUUUCCACCUCGCCCCCUCUUUUUCAUGUUGCCAACUGCUUCAAGUCACAGAAAAGAAACUUAGCCAAAACACACCAGCCUCUAAUUCUUAUAUUGAUAUUUCAAGAAAUUGAUAUAAUAAUAACAACAGAGGGUGCUUGGAAAUAACAAACCUCUCUGUCCUCCAGUAGUAGUAGCAGCAGCAGCAAGAAGUGUAGGGGUGGGGGAUGGUCCGCUUCUUUAGCAGCUUGUGGU